UCCAUCCAAACCACAGAAUAACGUCCAGCCCAGGGAGGAAGGAAGCCAUGACCUGUGCUACUGCACGCACAGGCCUGCAGGCAUCAUGCUGAGUGAAUGAGCCAGCCACCGAGGACUGAUCCUUCAGGACCCCGCUCUGUGAGGGCCGUUAGGGCAGUCAAGCUCGCAGACGGGAGGUGACAUGGGGGCUGCGGGCUGGGUGGGAGUUGUUGUGUUCCCUGGGGCAGAGUGAUAGGCAGGGUUCUCGGAGCAGGAAGCCCAUUGGUGAGGCAGGAGCAUGGAACCCCAGCUCUCCCACGCUCAGGCAAGCUGCCCAGGGCUGCUCGGCUUUGGGAAGCCCCCUCUCAGGGGCCAGGCUUGGGGCUGUGACAGUCAACAGCAGGGGCAGGCCGGCUGCAGUUGGGAUCCUGGGUUCCUGGUGGCUCCUGCCUGUGUGCUGUGCAUCCCUCCCUCCUCCUCUUAAUCUGCUCAACUUUGUGCAGUUUGGGCUUUAAGUUGUUUUGCAAGUGGAGUUGCUUGGCCCUGUCUGGGGAAGACCCUUUGGUGGGGCCUGAAGUGGAGCAGCUCUGGCCACCUGCGCCCUUCCUGGGAGUGAGGAACUUCUGCCUCCUUGGACAGAGGCCCCGCAUGGCCCAGAGCCACAGCACUGCACGUGUGCAGCCAGGGACCUGCUCGGCUGUUACUGCCCGGGGCUGUCCAGAGAGCAGGCCUCAGGUCAGGGUCUCUCCUGGGAGGAUGGAGAGCCCAGCAGGCUUGGAGGCAGUGGGCACAGGAGGCUGUGUGGGGCACGGGAGUGGGUCGUGGUGUGCCUUGCUGCCUUUGGAGGGGACCAAGAGAACCCAGAGGACAGGUGAAACAGCGCCCCAGCUCCUAAUUCCUCAGGUUUCUGCUGCCCUCUGACCCGUGGUGUAGCCACUGGCUUCAUGGGCUUGGGGCUGAGGGUCGGGGACUGCAGCCAGCCCAUGGCUUGGCGCUGCAGCCGGCAGGCAUGCAGGGUGGAAAGUCCCUGGCUGCAACGGAGAGCUCCGGAAAGUCCCUGAGAGGGGUGGUGUGGUCAUGUGGGAGGGCAGGCGCUGCCCUUGGACACUUGGCCUGGCCUUUAAUGUCGUGAUAAAAUCUCUCUCAGGCUGGAGUGUCACAGGCUUGAGGGGUCAAGGCCCAGUGCUGACCACCUCUGUAGGGGAGGCCCUGCCCUUGUCUCUGAGCCAGCCUGUUGGCCCUUUGGGGCGCUCAGACCUGGGUGGCAGGUGGCAUACAGUGCUCCCACCGUGUCUGAGUUAUCGGAAAAGUGUGGAGAGAGGGGGGAAAUCCUUUGUAGGCUUUGAGUGUGUUUUUCCUUUGUAAUGAUGUCCAGUCUGCUGAGAACCCAGGGACUUCAAACUCCAGUUGAUUGGAUGUUUGCAGAGCCCGCCCGGCCUGGGGAGCAGGAAGGAGCUGUGGGGCAAGACCAGCAGGGCCUGGAGAGAGCCGCAGAGAAGGGCCCCAGGGGGACCCCAGGCAGCUGACGAGGGCAGGGAGAGGCGAGGCUGAGUCGGGCACGCCUGGCCACCACGUGUCCUGGUGGACUCGGCCAGAACGCCCGUUGGCUGCAGUGCCUUAUUUGGACGUGGCUGAAUGAUACCGAUUCCUGUGAAGCGUGUGUGCAUACCUGAGCAGCCUGCCCUGGGAGCUUGCUGGGGUGGUGGUAGAGAGCUGUGCCUGCCCCGUACAGGCAUGCUGCAGGCUCCCUCCUGCCGCCGCGGUCCUCACCCUGGGGGCUCAGGCAAGCACUGUGUGGGCCAGUGCAGGUGCAGGUCUGGGAGGGCUGAGCCACGCACCCUACCAGGAGCCUUUGAAAAGUUGUCAACAGGGAGUGGCAGGUCUGCUAAGCAGCUGCAGGGCCAGUGUGGGGGGUGGUCCCUGGGAGGGUGAACGGAAGCCAUGGGGAGCCAGGUCUCCUCCUGCUCUGCUGAUGUUCCUUGGUUUUGUGUGGCUGGUUAUAGCCUGGUGCACCGCCGGGCUGUGGGGGAUCAGCAGGGAGGCUUGCUGGGAACAUAGCACUGAUCUGGUGUGUGCACGCAGGAGGCCGCAGGGAUGGGGUGCCUGCUCCGGGAAGCACAGUGCACUGGGCACCACGGCUGCCUCUCCUGCUUGCUCCCAGAAUGGCGAGCUUUGGCCGCAGCAGCCGAGCCCGGCGGCAUGUCAGUGUGCCUUCUCGGAGUGGCAGGGCCACUCAGAAGGUGCAUGUGAGGCCCUCUGUUCUCUCCAGUCCGCUGCCACAGCUGUCCAAGGGAGCCCUGAAGAUGGGUCCUCCUGUGGACACUGCUGUGGAGCUGCUGACAGCACCGGGGCCUCCUGCUCCUCACCCCCACUGCUCAGCAGGCUUCCUUUCCCCAGGUGUCCCCUGGCAUGCCGGACGUGCUGUAGUGCGUCCUGUGUACACCUUGAGUCGGGCCUGGAAAGCGACAGCCUGAGAUGCAGUGGGGUUUGGAUCCCUGACCCCACGACCCCGCUCCUGACCCCUAGCCAGAGAGUGUCGCCUGCUGUGCCCAGGCCUUGCCCAGCCUUUUUUCUGGAUCGCUGCUGCAGGGGGCCCAGGCUGGGGCCCUUCCUCCUGAGGACACGCCGUGCAUGUCUCUGGCUGGCUGUCAGCUCCAGGAGGAGCUGCCACGAGGGACACUGCCCAUUCAUGCUGACAGAGUGCCCAGCCUGUAAAGGCCUGGUCCGCCUUGGGCAGAAGGAGCAGCAUUCGGAGCAGGAGUGCCCUGAGAGGAGCCUCAGCUGCAGGCAUUGCCGGGCGCCCUGCUGCUGGGCCGACCUGAAGGCACACCACGAAGUUUGCCCCAAGUUCCCCUUGACUUGCAACGGCUGUGGCAAGAAGAAGAUCUCACGUGAGAAAUUUCAGGACCAUGUCAGGACCUGUGGCAAAUGCCGGGCCCCGUGCAGAUUCCACGCUGUCGGCUGCCCAGAGCUGGUGGAGAGCGAGAAGAGGCAGGAGCACGAGGCACAGCGGCUCCGGGAGCACCUGGCCAUGCUGCUGGGUGCUGUCCUGGAAGCGGAGCACCUCCCAGGAGGCGGCAGCCCUCUCGGCCAGAGCAAGGGACCCUGGGAGGCUGGCAGGCCAGGCCCUGGGGUGGAGCUCUCCAAGGCCGAGGAGCUCAUGCAGAGAUGCGAGGCCUUGGAGAGGAAGACGGCCACCUUUGAGAACAUCGUCUGCGUGCUGAACCGGGAGGUAGAGCGGGUGGCCAUGACCGCUGAGGCCUGUGGCCGACAGCACCGGCUGGACCAAGACAGAAUCGAGACCCUCAGUAACCAGGUGCAGCAGCUGGAGCGGAGCAUCGGCCUCAAGGACCUGGCCAUGGCCGACCUGGAGCAGAAGGUCCAUGACAUGGAGGCGUCCACCUUUGACGGCGUGUUCAUCUGGAAGAUCUCAGACUUUGCCCGGAAGCGCCAGGAAGCAGUGGCCGGCCGCACUCCUGCCAUCUUCUCCCCAGCCUUCUACACAAGCAGGUACGGCUACAAGAUGUGUCUGCGCGUCUACCUGAAUGGAGACGGCACAGGGCGCGGCACACACCUGUCGCUCUUCUUCGUGGUGAUGAAGGGCCCCAAUGAUGCCCUCCUGCGGUGGCCUUUCAACCAGAAGGUGACCUUAAUGCUACUGGACCAGAACAACCGGGAGCAUGUGAUCGACGCCUUCAGGCCUGACGUGAGCUCGUCCUCUUUCCAGAGGCCAGUCAGUGACAUGAACAUCGCGAGCGGCUGCCCCCUCUUCUGCCCUGUCUCCAAGAUGGAGGCCAAGACUUCGUAUGUGCGUGACGAUGCCAUCUUCAUCAAGGCCAUUGUGGACCUGACGGGGCUCUAGCCACCCCCCACCAGGGCCAGGGCAGGGCAGCCGGCCCGGGGCUCAGUGAGGUGCCGGCGCGCCAACCUGAACCUUGCUGUGGCUUGGCGGGUGCCUGCCGAGUCCGAGUUCCCCUGGGAAGGGGCUGCCUCCUGGUGUAGGCGCUCAGCUGACGGCUGUGCAGGAACCAAGGCCUGCCAGGGCCUCCCUGGGCAGGGUUCAGUGCGCGGCUGCAGAGGAGUGGCCAGAGUGAGGCAAGCAGGGCGGGUGGCCUUCAGGGAGGCCCCUGCCUCGGGCCCUGGAGAGAAGGGGCGUCGUGGGGCUCUGCUGCCGCUCUGAGGGGGGGUCCUGGGCUCCAGCCUGGCCAGGCCAGGGGCGAGGAGGGCGCUCUGUGUCCUUGGAGCAUCCCGUGUGCUGCCCCCGGAGAACGUGGGGGGCACACUCAGCCCUGCCGUGAGGCGUGUCAGCUGCCGUGGAGAAGUUGCUAUUAAACCGUUCGCUCAGUCUC